UCAGGGGGCAGCUGUGGCAGGGCAGGGUUGUGCAAGACUUUAGGCAUAGUGGAGGGUAUGCCAGGAGCCAGCUGUGCAAAGUGUAGGGGAGGUGGAUAUUGUCCAUCCCCGUGGUUUCUGUUGGUGCGCACUUUCCUUUCCCCAACUGGAAAUAAGGAGUGCACCCUACACAGCUGGAAGAAGGCCUCCCUGGACUCAAGGUUGCAUCUCCUACUCCCAGCUUGUGUUAGGGCCAUGGGGUUAAUUACCCAAAGAAGCCUCUGAGAAUUGUUGCUGAAGUUAAGGGAAGUGAAAGUAACUGACUCAGCCCAUCUUAAAGGAAGAGAUCCCUUGCCUGGAGUUCACUGCACUGCAGUAAACUUAAACAUGGUUCUUUAGAAACCCGUAGAGAGGACAGUGCACAGAAAGUUUGCAGAUCACAGCCCCCAUUCGUGGUUUCUGGGCACUUGUGCUGUAGCACAGAGUUCUGGCAAUAAACCCUCUAACCAACUGGCCUGCUGAUGUGUGGCCAAGAGUGUCAGAUGACAAGCGUAUGUGGGUGGGGGAGAAGGGAGGCUGGAUGUUUAUUUCAUUCUGACCCCUAUGUGAGAUCCAGGAGCGUGCUGUGUGUGUGCAUAGGAAUGGCUGGCCGGAGUGAGGAGCAGAGUCUGAGAGAAGAGCUGACCUGUGCCAUCUGCUAUGAGCUUUUCAGUGACCCUGUCAUGCUGGAAUGCAUGCACCAUUUCUGCAGGGCAUGCAUCCAAGGCUACUGGGGCAGGUGCCCCCGUGUGGCUUCCUGCCCCCAGUGCCGAAGGGAGUUCUCCAGCCGCACCUUUCGCCCCCACUAUCUGGUGUCCGGGGUGGUGGAGAAGGUGCGGAAGUGCAGCUCAGAGGACCACAAGAGAAAAAUGCAGAAACAUCUUGAAAAUGCGCUGCGAGCUCACCAGAGAGAGAUGGAGAACUUUGUGCGAAUGAAGCACACAGCAGAGGAGGAUAUUUGCAGUCUGACGAAAGCCUCCGGGGAGCUGAACUCUAAGAUUCGGGCAGAAUUUGAGCGACUUCAUCAAAUCCUGGAGGAAAAGGAGAGAGUUGUGUUGAUGGAGCUGGCCAAAGAGGAGGAGCAGUUAUUGUUGAGGUUGCGUGGGGACAUCAUGCAGCUGGAGGAGGGGAUCUCAGAGCUGGGAAAGAACAUUGAGCACAUACAGGAAAUCCUGAACAAGACGGGAGACUCAUUACUGCUGGAGGUGGAGAGCGUGGCUAUCAGGCCCCCAGUGCAUGUGGAGGCACAGCCCUCCCUGGACAUAGAGCGCCACAGAGACCGGUACAGCGGCCCCCUGCAAUACAUCUUCUGGAGACAAAUGCUACAGUCAAUCCACCCUGCUCCUGCCCCGCUGAUAUUUGACCCCGAAUCAGCCCAUCCUAACCUCAUCCUCUCCAAAGACCUGACGGCAGUGACGGAGAGCAACAGGCGCCAACCUGUCUGCAGCAGCCCCAAGCGUUUCCAGCAGUGUGUGAAUGUGCUGGGCUCCGAGACCUUUGACAGCGGGAGCCACUACUGGGAGGUCUGGGUGGGCAGCAAGACCAAAUGGGACCUGGGGGUAGCAGCGGAGUCCGUGGACCGGGCAGCCAAGGUCAAGCUGUGCCCUGAGAAUGGUUACUGGGCACUUCGUCUGAGGAACGGGACAGAGUAUUGGGCCACUGCUACCCCGUGGGUGCGCCUUGCCCCAAGGAGCUGUCUCCGGAAGGUGGGGGUCCUUCUGGACUGCAAAGAGGGGAAGGUGGCGUUCUACAACGCCGAAGACAUGACCCACCUCUUCACCUUCCACCAGGCUGCCGCACGCAGGUUCUGCCCCUUCUUCAGCACUUGCUUCAGCGAGGGCAAGCUGAAUGUGGAGCCCAUGAGAAUCUGCCACCUGACUCUGUAAGGGUGAUAUUUUCGGGGGAGUGGGGAGGGAGGAGGCAGUCUCCCAGGAAGCUAUGCAGAUACCAAAGAGACAACAUGUGGCCCUGGGAGCUGGUGUUGCUUUCUGGUUUGGUUGUAGUUGCUGCUGCUUGGACUGUCCCUGGAAUAGGAAUCUCCUGCUAGAACAGCUCAGUUGGCUCCCCCCUGCACUAGUGCCUGGUCGUUUACUGUUUGAGCGAAUGUAGCAAAGGUGUGUGGACUCUGGUCAGUCUAACCUGUAAAUCCCAAGCCUCUAGGGCAGAGUCAGGGAGAGUCUCUCCAUUUGUGGCUUUACUCUGUGGGGAGAGAAGAAGUGACUGAAUCUUAGUUCCCAGUAUUUUGUCUUCUGUUCCCUGCCUUGGCACAGGGGCGAGGGUCCUGGACUCUCACCUCAGCAACUCAGCUUGAGCCAUAGCGUAUUGUGCACUGAGGUUUCUCCAGCCUUCCUCCCAACAAAGAGAUGGUGCAUCUCGCUGCUUUACAGGCCUUAGAGCAGCCUCGUGCAGCAGCCAGUGACACUGAGGUGAACACAGCCUCCUCUCAGUAGCCGCUUUGGUACAGACUGUGAGAAGAUUCAAAGGAAACUAGGCAACCUAAGUGAACAAGCAGGAAUUGCACAAUGGAAGCAAUGACUUGGAUUCUGUGUUAGUUGUAAUCACUCAGGAAAAGGCCAGGAGGCUCAUUAGGGACUACUCAAACAGCUGUCUUCAAAGGGCUCCUGCCUUUGUGGGACUAGAACAAGCAGGUAGAAGUCAGGUGGUAAGUUCUAGGGAGCUCCUGGUCAGUGGGUAGGCGCCUGUUGCAUGGUGGGGAUUGCAUCUUCGUGAUACAGUGGACAGCGCUGGCUGGGAGUGGAACAAGCAUGGGGGCAGGGGAUGGAUCUUCAAUGAUUUACU